GGUUUCCAACCCUUGGAUCCACCGCGAUACUCAGAGAUUCCGCUCGCAGUCUUCAGUCAGCUUCGUUCACCAGACGACAAGUCGUUCGCCACUUUCCAUCCGUCUCAUCAACGGCGGGAAAACCAAACUUUCAUCGUCGUCCGACGCCAGGCCAAGUCACGGACGAUUUCAUCCCUCGGACAGCCAUGGCGGGUCCUUAUCUUUCGCCUCUGGGACCCCAGGCGGACCUUCUAACCGAAUAUAUGUUCGGCCGUCGCCGACAGAGACGGAACCGCACCACAUUCACCCCCCAGCAGCUUCAGGAGUUGGAGUCACUUUUCCAAAAAACUCACUACCCGGACGUAUUCCUUCGGGAGGAAGUAGCACUCAGGAUUGCUUUAUCCGAAGCACGUGUUCAGGUCUGGUUCCAAAACAGACGAGCGAAAUGGCGGAAGCAGGCUCGACUCCAACUGCUUCAAGAUGCCUGGCGAAUGCGUUGCCUUGGUCUGGGUAGCGCUGGACCCCUUUUACUGCGACCACCGCAGACCGGCGUCGAGCAUCCCGACGCCUCGCCGCCGCCGCCGUCACUUCCUCCGGGGCAGAUGACCCCAUCAAAUGACAAGGGGAUCGAAGGGGGCAACUCACUCUCGAUCUGCAAGGAUUACCGGGUUCUUUCACCGCACGGUUAUCCAGUGGCCUGUGACAAAUCGCCAGAAAGAAUGAGAUGCGGCUGCAAUUCGCCGCCGAGAAGAUCCGUCAGCCCUGUUUCCAGCGGCGCUGGGAUCGGCGAGAGACCUCAGGAAGCCGAGAUGGACUUGACAGUGAAAGGGUCUCAUCCCCAGCCUCACCCCCAUCCAGCGCUAUUUCACCACCACCUCUCUGCGGUAAAUCAGCCCCAAAAUGUCGGUCCUGUGACUCAGCCCAUUGACGAACCUCUCGACGUUACUCUCAGCAACAAGAAGAAUAAUUAGACAUGAAGUGCGGUCUGUAGGGUAGAAAUGUGUCGAGAAGAGAAGUUUAAAGAUACAGUUUAAGUUGAGUGAGGUAACUUUGGUCAAAAUAACUGACCUGCAAAGUGAAAAAACAUUUC